AUGUCAGACUAUAUCCCUGAAGAAUUGAUGGUUCCAAUCUUCUCAAGGCUUCCACCCAAAUCUCUACUCCGAUUUAGGUGCAUAUCGCGAUCAUGGAACUCACUAAUCUCAAGCUCUGAAUUCAUAUCGCUGCACACCUACUGUAACAUUCUCCAAAAACCACCAGCAGGUAAAAUCAUCAGGUACUUCUCACUAACUCAAAGGAAGGAAAUAUACUCUAUUCGACUCAUUGAUGUAUUAGCCGGUAUUGAAACUGAAUUCAAAAUAGCAGCCCCUUUUAAUGGCAUAGUGCGAUAUUAUUACAGGAUCAUGGGCCUAUGCAAUGGCGUCCUCUGUUUGUCAGAUGAUUUAUUUGUAUCUAAAAAUCUUUUGGUACUUUGGAACCCAAUGAUAGGCAGAUCCAUCACCCUCCCAAUGUCUUCCCUUGAAAACUUAGGGAACUAUAUGCUUGUUUGUGGGUUUGGCUAUGCAAUUAAAACGAGAGAUUACAAGGUCGUGAGGAUGGCCUAUGCUCGUGGUGAUGGUGGAUUGGUGCCACCUAAAGUUGAGGUAUAUGCACUUAGUUCAGGAAUUUGGAAGGAAUUUGAUGGUUUUAUUCCAGACAAUGGUGUUAUAGAGUACUUUUGGACACAAGCUGUUGUUUGUGGGAAAGUCCACUGGACUGCAUACAAGAUAACUGGGGAGGAAAGAAGGGUGGAGAACUUGAUAACGGUGUUUGAUCUAAAUGAUGAGAUUUUUCAGGAAUUAUCAUUACCAGAAAUUUUGGUUAAUGAACCACCUACGAAUCUGACUGCUGCGGAAUGUAGGGAAUCACUUGCUGUGUAUCAGUACAAUACACGUAUUUGGAGCAGCAGUUGUUCCAUUUGGGUAAUGAAACAGUAUGGAGACACUGAGUCAUGGAGCAUGGAAUAUAAUGUUGCACUCAACCACCAGCAACUCGACCACCAGCGAGAUAUCAGGGAUGCUAACUUCAUAUAA